CAGUGGACUGGCGGGCCACCCGGUAAAAGAAACCGAUGCACUCUCCGCACCACCACCGACCAACCACGGGGCGAGGUGAGAUCGUCUCAACCUUUUUUUCUGGAGGUGAGAUGAGACGGGGCAGGUGAGACAAUUAUUUAUGUACAUUUCCAUCCUCCAAAAUAAUCAUCACAUUUCGCUUUCGAAAUUAAAAAAAAUUUUUUUUCGCCGAUUUUUAUCAUUUCAAAUGACAUAAGUUUCAAGUUAUAGUUGGCUGGCUGGCCGGGGUUGAUGUCUUGAUUAUUUGCUGUGGACAGGGUGAGAACGGAUGUGGAUGGAUCUACGACCUACCACUGCCCGAGGGGUUUGGUUUGAUGUUUCAUUGUUGGAGAGGAAGUGAGGGGUGGUGAAAAAAGCACUAUGCUCUGGUACUGCUCACCACACAGUCGUCGUCAUAUGUAUGAGAGAGAUGACAUAACAGGUGGUCAGGUGGUUGGUUGGUUGGUUGGUAUUUUCCCCAUUGUUUCCUUCCUUCCGUCCGUCCUCCUGUAAUUUUGUUGCCUAUUUUUAUAUAAUCCACUCCGCUCCAGUCAGUCAAAAGUCCGAGAGCAGAGGACAAACGUCUCAUUUUUCAUUGAUUCCAUUCAAUUUUCCACCUCUCGUGGUUGGUCAUUCCGUGUGAGUGGCGACGACGAGGAUAAGCGAGGGCAACAAAGGGAUACGUACGUACGGGUGGCAGAGGUGCUUGAUGCACUAUUUCAUCUCGCUGCGAUUUCAUCAGUUGGAUUAACUAACCUUAAAUCAACUUAUCAAUCAGGGGGAGGAACAAGUUAUCUGUGAAGUUGUGCUUAUCAAAAUCUUGAGUAGUGGUGGUAGUGGUACUACAGCAUGGAGAGCUACAGCCGUGUGAGAUCGGUCAAGUUGGGCCGUUCCAAUCCGGAAGCACCGUUUGGAUUCUCGGUUCGUGGCGGACAUGAACAUGGGACGGGGAUUUUCGUGUCCUGUGUCAACCCAAGAUCCGUCGCGUACAGGCAGGGACUCAAGGUUGGUGACCAGAUCCUCCGAGUGAACGGAUUCCCCGUUUCGGCCGCUGUUCAUCAUGAAUGUCUCGCCCUCAUGAGGUUGCGACCUUCCCUGCAUCUCAAAGUCAGAAGCGUGGGGAUGCUGCCGGUGAAGGAGAAGGCUGGCGACGCCCUGAGUUGGAAGCUGGUGGAGGAGCAGGAGCCGUGCGGUGGGGCGGAAGCAGGGGAAGCGGGGUCGGGAAGUCGGGGCAUGUCGCGCCUCUCGGACACCUCCUCCCACUCGCUCCCAGACUCGGUCCCCACAGAGGCCAAAGUCUUCAUCGACAUGAGUGGGAGGAAUGGAUUGGGGUGCUGCAUUUGCAAAGGUCCUGUCGAGCGGCCGGGAAUAUUUGUCCAGUCGACCAAAGCGGGUGGUGUGGCGCGAGAGGCGGGUCUUCGUCCGGGGGAUCAACUCUUGUCCUGCAAUGGACAUUCUUUCCUACACGUCCCAUUCGCCGAGGCUGUCCAACAAUUGAAAGUGAGUCCUCAACUUCGCCUCCGCGUUUUGAAAGGGGUCGCCUCUGACCUUUUCCCUGGAGAAUCGUCUUCCGGCUAUAAUUCUUCCGCUUCCAGUCUGAACGGGGAUCAGGGCGGUGGGGGUGGCGGAGAGUCGUCGAAGCGGAGACUGCAUCGCGUCUCAGAAGAACAGCAGCACCAGAUGAACGGAAACCACCACCAGCACCAGAGACCCGUCCCCUCCUCGUCCAGCAUGCACUUGGACCAGGGCAUGGCGUGGGACGAGGUGGAGCAGGUGUGGCGGAGUGCGGAGAGGGAAACCAUCCUCAUCGAGGUCAAAGGGGGCAGCAGCACCAGCAGCAGUGGGGGCUGCAAUGGGGACAAAAAUGUUAUCAGUGACGAGCAACGUCUUCUGGCCGAAGAGCGGCGCAAACUGGAGGAAACCCAGCGUCGCUUGUUGGAAGAGGCUCUCAAACUGGAGGAAGAAAAGAGACGGUUUCAAGAAGAGAAGAGACAUCUCAUGUUGAACUCGGGGGUUGGAAGUGGGGUUGCAAAUGGUGGGGGGUCAAACGGGGUUGGGGCUGAGUCCACGGGAAGUAAUAGUUUGGUGGGGGCCUUAAACCAAGAAAUUCUCAAGCGAGUUGAGCGACGUGAAAGUGAGGCUCCCCUCGGAGAGGAUGAAACCGAUCAGGUGGGAUUAGAUGGAGAAAGACUGCCACGACCUGGCACUGUGGAGGCGAAAAGGACUCUUUUCAAUGCUCAGAUUGACGUAGAAAAAAGGCAGCAGCAUGAACAGUUGAUCGAGGAAUUUAAGCGUGCCCAUCGCAAAAUGUUCGCUCCUGGAGAACCCGAUCUUCAACAGCGUGGAGACAGUGCUGCCGACAGUGCGGACGCCGCUGCUGCAGAGCUGAUUCGGUCCCGUCGCGUCCAAAAGGAGUUGGACCACGAGCGACAAAUGGUAGCUCAGCGGGUCGCGGGGAUCGUACGCCAACGCCAACUCCGGAUUGAGCGACAACAUCAAGAAAGUGCAGAAACGGAAAGGGAAAUCAGGUGCAAGUCGCCACCACCACCACCACCAAUGCCUGCUCCUGACCAACAGGAACAUCAGGGACCUGGAAGCAGCAGCAAUAGCAGCAAUAUUAUUACUACCACCACUGGCACUACAAUCAACAGCAAUAGCAACAAUCCUACCACCAAGAAGGCACCAGCUCCACCCAUUCCCACUCUUAUUCAACCCAAACGAGUCAUAAUUGAGGAGCGAUCAGGAGGUAGCAAUUCAGCCGGAAAUCGUCCCAUCACCACCACCACUACUUCUACGACCAAUAAUAAAGGAAAAGCGCCCCCACCUCCACAACGCGGCGGAUCCGUCCGACCAGAAAGCCCAUCUCCUGACUACUCAAACUCACCCAGUCCCACACCCACGCGACACCACAACAACGCUGGCAACAAGCCUCGCACCCUUUCCGGCGUGGAUAUGCAGUCACUGGAAUCAUUCAGACUCAAAGAUCCUCCCCGGUCGCCGAAAAAACCGCCACCCGUCUACUUUCCACACGGAAAUAAUAACCCCAUGAUGAAACAGCAGCACCACAACCAACAAACGGUCCAGGUUCAUAUGAGCUCCUCCUCCUCAAACUUCGUGGAAGGCAACAACGCCAAGAAUGAAGCACUCAGCGGUAUCCUCAAAGGCGCAAAAACCAUCUCUUUCCUCGACAAAUAUUAAUUAAUGAAUGCAAAAAAAACUUCACGGAUUUGCAGUCCAAAGUUGCGCAAUGCAUCGUCACUCACUCAAUAUCACAAUAUCACCAUUUCCUAUAUUAUCGUCACAAUAUUUUAUUAAAAUAAUACAAUACUAAUAAUGAUCAAAAUAAUGAUAAUUACUAGCAAAAAUAAAACCUGUGCGUACAUUAUAAAAAAUAAAAGUCUUAUCUUUAUGCGAGUGAGUUCUCGUAGUAAAAAA